CUGGAGUCCUAUCUGUCAAACGAAUAAAAAUGGUUGCGCCCUGAAACCUAAAUAGCCAGAUUGAGACUGAGCUCUGUUAAGCUUCGUUCUCCGUGCGGCUACCAUGAGAAGCCUUGCCCGGCCCGGAAGUGCUUCAUCAUGGAUAGACUGGGACAAUCAGAGAUCCCAGGAUCACGGCUUCCGGUUGUAUCCGCUCUCGCCAGUCCAUUUAGUCCGCCCUGGAAAGAUCUGCGAUCUAGGCCAUCGUCGCUCCCUGGUGAUUCAACUGCCGCGAAGGCCUUUCCUCCGGCGCACCGACGCAGCGCCGUCCUCAGGAACAUGAACGUUUCACGAAGGUUUUACGUGCUCCAAAUCUUAGCACUUUGCUGCUUUCUGGCACUGCGCAGCGCGCCUCAGAAGGUUUGUUGUUAGACGUCGAACGAGUGCAUGGAUCCCAGGUGCGUCCUCGCGUAGCAAACUUACAUGCAUCCUCUUAUGCAUUCCGCAUGCGCGUCCAAUUCGCCUGAGACAUUUUGGCAGCGCACUCAAAGGCGUGGUCACUGCACUCCUAGUGCGGUGUCUUGGCUGACUAUUUUAGGGAGUCGACACGCCGCUGAGAACGAUCCACCUCGUUGUGAAACGGCCUAGUCGAUUCUAAACUCUAAACGAAGGCCCGCCGGCGGACAGUUUGCAGGACACCAGCAUGGCUUUGUGCUGUGAUGAAUAUGGAUUAAAGCGUCUUUCCAUCUGUCCUUUGCUCUGAGAUCGCUACGCUCCUCGGUUCUUAGCAAUCCGUCAACUGGUCGAUCGGUCGUACCAUGAGAGCAACCGGUCAUCUCGUCAUUGGGAUGAACGUGGUACUGGUUGUACAUAUUCACAACCUGGUGUCCCGUCCUUCCAGCAAUGCAACAUAAUCUUCUUGUUUACCUACCUGGAACCCUGU